AGCGAGCGUGGGUCGGGUCUGACCAUGGACGCGGCGGCGCUAGAGCUGGACGCGGUGAAGUUCGCCCAGCUGGCGGUGCAGAGAGACCAGGGUGGGCGCUACCAGGAGGCGGCGUUUUACUACAAGGAAGCUGCCCAAGCCUUGAUUUAUGCUGGAAUGGCAGGCUCAAACUUGGAAAAUAUUCAAGAGAAGAUAAAUGAGUACUUGGAGAGAGUUCAAGCUCUGUAUUCAGCAGUUCAAUCACAGAACACCGACCCUUUGAAGUCAAAACAGCAAUUGGACCUGGAGCGUGCCCAUUUCCUGGUUACACAGGCUUUUGAUGAAGAUGACAAGGGCAAUGCAGAGGAAGCUAUAGAAUUGUACACAGAAGCCGUGGAACUCUGUUUGAAAACAGCUAAUGAAACUUCAGAUGCAAUCCUUCAAUCAAAACUCAAACAGCUGGCUAGACAAGCACUGGAUAGAGCAGAGGCACUGAAAGAAUCUAUGUCAAAGUCAUCUCAGAAAGACAAACAAACUGCAGCUAAACCGAAUCAGCCAGUCAGAAUGUUCUUUCCAUUGGGGCCUGAUUUUUCCUUGAAUGAUAAGCCACAGACAAUCAGAACAGUGCAAGCUAGUGAAUCUCAAGGUCAGAGAUACACCACAGAGGAGAUUGAAGUGCUCAGAAAGACAUCAAAGAUAAAUGGUAUAGAGUAUGUCCCAUUCAUGAGUGUUGACCUGAGGGAGCGUUUUGCCUUUCCAGUGCCAUUUUCAGAUAAAUGUGGCAAGUUACCAUUGUCACCCAAACAAAAGGCAAUGUUUGCCAAGUGGGUGCGGCCAGAUGACCUAACAAAUAACCCUACAAUGAUCUAUACUGUGUCAAGUUUCAGCAUAAAGCAGACAAUAGUAUCGGAUUGUUCAUUUGUGGCAUCACUAGCUAUCAGCGCAGCAUACGAGAGACGGUACAACAAAAAGUUGAUUACAAGCAUAAUUUACCCUCAGAAUAAAAAAGGAGAACCAGAGUAUAAUCCAUGUGGAAAGUACAUGGUAAAACUUCAUAUCAACGGUGUCCCUAGAAAGGUGAUAAUAGAUGACCAGUUACCCGUAGAUCACAGUGGAGAGCUUCUCUGCUCUUAUUCCAACAAUAAAAGUGAAUUGUGGGUGUCCCUGAUAGAAAAAGCUUACAUGAAGGUCAUGGGUGGAUAUGAUUUUCCUGGAUCAAAUUCUAACAUUGAUCUCCAUGCACUGACUGGCUGGAUACCAGAGAGGAUUGCUAUGCACUCAGACAAUCAGGCUUUCAAUAAGGACAGUUCUUUCAGAAUGCUCUAUCAGAGAUUUCACAAAGGCGAUGUCCUUAUCACAACAGCAACCGGAGUGAUGUCUGAAGAGGAAGGAGAGAAAUGGGGUUUAGUUCCAACCCAUGCCUAUGCUGUUUUAGAUAUUAGAGAAUAUAAGGGGCUUCGAUUUCUCCAGUUGAAAAAUCCCUGGAGUCACUUACGUUGGAAAGGAAGAUACAGUGAAAAUGAUGUGAAAAAUUGGACCCCAGGCCUACAAAAAUACUUAAACUUUGAUCCUCGAACAGCUCAAAAAAUAGACAAUGGAAUUUUCUGGAUUGCCUGGGAGGAUCUUUGCCAGUAUUACGAUGUUAUUUAUUUGAGCUGGAACCCAAGUCUUUUUAAAGAAUCAACGUGUAUUCACAGUACUUGGGAUGCAAAACAAGGCCCAGUGAAAGAUGCCUACAGCUUGGCUAAUAAUCCACAGUACAAACUGGAAGUACAAUGUCCACAAGGUGGAGCUGCUGUCUGGGUUCUGCUCAGCAGACACAUUACAGACAAGGAUGACUUCGCACGCAAUCGGGAAUUCAUCACAAUGGUUGUGUACAAGACUGAUGGGAAAAAAGUUUAUUAUCCAACUGAUCCUGCCCCAUAUAUUGAUGGGAUUCGGAUCAACAGUCCCCACUAUCUGACCAAGAUAGCGCUGACAUCUCCAGGGUCCCAUACGUUUACACUGGUGGUAUCCCAGUAUGAGAAACAGAACACGAUCCACUAUACUGUCAGGGUGUAUUCAGUAUGCAAGUUUACUUUUUCCAAGAUUCCUACCCCAUACACCAUCUCCAAACGGGUUAAUGGGCAGUGGAAAGGUCAUAGUGCAGGAGGCUGUGGAAACUUCAGAGAUUCCUACAAAAACAACCCCAUUUACCAAUUUCAGCUGGAGAAGACUGGGCCAUUGCUAAUUGAAUUAAGAGGACCAAGGCAGUACAGUGUGGGGUUUGAACUUGUCACAGUCUCUACAGUAGGAGAUCCUGGUUCCUCUGGCUUUCAGAAGAAGAGCAGUGGUGACUACAGAUGUGGAUUUUGCUACAUGGAGGUGGAGAAUGUACCAGCUGGAGUUUACAAUGUUAUUCCCAGCACCUUCCUGCCUCAGCAAGAGGGUCCUUUCUUCUUGGACUUUAAUAGCACUACCCCUCUUAAGACAUCACAACUGCAAUGAGGGGGUGAGUCUCUACAUUACUCGCUAGGGAAGAAGUCAAGAGCUAGAGCAAUGCUAUCUCCUGAAAGCACUGGGGAAAUACAUCCCUCAACCAUUGACACAAGAUCAUAAAACCCUACUCUACUUGGAAAAAGUAACAGCCCAGGGCUUGGGCCACCAAUCUCACUGCAUUAGCCACUUCAGAGUUUGCUCAUGCUUUUUGCUGUGCAGCCAUGAGGGUGAGAGAACGCUUCAGAAAUUCUGAUUGAUGGUAAAUUUUUGCGUGAAAUGCUUGAAUGUAAAUCUUGAUUAAUCAUGUUAACGAAUGGCAGGCCUUAGCUUACUGCAGUUUGGCACCUUAUACCUCAUCAAGUUUUGAAAAGUCUUUCCUCUCCCCACAUACAAGGUAGCUUAGUUCUAACAAUCCUUGCUUAACUUUUACAGUAAACAUUGUAGAGAAAAAGGAAGGGGUGGUGUGUACUGUGUUUAUUUAGCACAGGGGUUCUCAAACUGGGGGUCAGGACCCCUCAGGGGGUCAUAAGCUGUCAGCCUCUACCCCCAAACCUCACUUUGCCUCCAGCAUUUAUAAUGAUGUUAAAUAUGUAAAGAAGUGUUCUUAAUUUAAAAGAGGAGGUCAUACAGAGGCUUGCUCUGUGAAAAGGGUCACCAGUACAAAAGUUUGAGAACCCCUGCUUUAGAGGAAUGAAGUAAAAGCCAGGGGCUGCUGUUUUGGAUGUUAAAAAAGCAGAGGAGUUUAUACUAUCCCUUCCUCAGAUAAGAGCCACUCCAGGGAGCACACUGUACAAACAGUAUAACUCCUGUAUUCUGCUUCAGUAGUUGAAUAGGUUAGCUACAGGAGCUGUUGAUCAGCUUCAACAAAAUUGUCAUUUAGGUGCUAGCUCAUUUCUGCAUGAUCAGGGGGUUAUGAUGGGAGAGAUAAGAGGCUACUCCCUUCUCUAUAAUAAACCACAUCUGCAGCAUUGGCCUUACAGCCCCACAGACAGAAUACUGUUGAAGGCAGCAUUCAGUUAGAGAAGGAACCUUCUUAAGCUGUAACCAGCCUAGAAGAGACCCUAAAUCUGCAGCUAGGGAUGCUAACUGUCCUGCAGUCUUCAGGUGUUAAUCUUAAUUAAAGGUUGUCAUGUGAUGAAACCUCUAGGACUACUGCCUGCUGAAACUGGCAAUCCUAGCUCCAGCAUUUGACCCUGCUUCUACUGCAGUCAAUGGUAGAACAUUGACAUUGAGGGGAGCGAGCCUCAAAACAACCAACCCACCCCACUGGCAACUUUGGGUGUUUUUUCCCUAAAAGAGCACCCAUGCACAAGUUUGGGGAGAUUAAUGGGAGACAAUCUUACUGCUUAAAGUUUACUGCUGCAAAUGUAUCUAGCAGCUUAAUAGCACAGGGACACUUCUUGUUUGUUUGUGAGCUCUGAGGAGAAAGUAGUUUGGAAAAAAACAUUGAUGUGCCUUUUAAGAGCAGUUCUCUGAAAGACCAGCUGGGUUAGGAACUGCAUUGAUGCUAGUAACUAACUCACUGCUUAGCUUCUUGGCAAGGAAGUUGUAUUGUAGGACAAAAGCAUUGAUCUAAGAGCUGUCCCAUUGCAGAUUGGGGGGGGAGGAGAUGGAGUUUGAGGAUAUAGCCUAAAUGAUGUCUAACUGCAGUAAGUUGAUCUUUAUAGGCUCUAAGGACAGCUGCUCAGAUGCAGAGCUGUAUGUCCAGUUUAAAACAUGUUGUGGGGGAAGAUUUCAGCUCAGGCUUAAACCAGCCCUUAUUGUGCAUGUGCAAAGGCCUGCAGCUACAGUUUAGGUCACUUACUCCAUUUACAGGCCAGAAACAGUUAAGGGGCCUGAAUUGUGGGUGUUGCUCCACCUGCUGCUGUUUGCACUUUUAAAAAAUAUUGGCUAAAGUCCUAUCCCUUCAAAGCUCUGUACAGGGCAUGCUGGCAGGUUAUGAAAUUUUACUAUUUUGCUGACAGGGAAUUAAGCAAGUCGACUUGCCCAAAUCACCUGUUAUGUCAUUCUCUUUGGGCUGAUUCUGUACAGGAAGUCAUUUUUUCCCUCUGAUCACUGGCUUUUAUAGCAGUAAUUUGACUUGAAAUUGAACAAGUGAGUUUCAGCUUCUAACCACUAGAUCACAGAAUGUAGUAUAGAUUAAAUAAAGGAACAAUCUUCAAUCUCUAUGCAGAUUACAAGUUUAUAACUGUCCCAGAUGCCAGAGCAAGCUGUGCCUCUCAGAGAAUACAAAAGGGUAGAUAGGCUGUAAAUGCCUGCAGUGUACCAGAGCUACAAAAACAAAGCCUUCCCAUUUGACUGUCCAGAUCCCAUUAAUAUUUGAGGCCAGGUAUGCAGAAUAUGAAAGUCAGUUAUAUUCUUAAAACAUUGCAGUCUUGGUGUUCUGACAGUUUAGCAUGAGAAGGAAAUUUUCAGUCAUAGAACCUCAGACAGCAUCACAGAUGUAUAUGCCACCUUUGUGCACGCUAGCCUUAGCUUUAUACCAGAAGGACAUGCUUUUUACACUUCAUUUAAGGAGUAUGGUCAAAAGAGGAAAAGCAGAUUACAAAAACUAAUAAUAAAAGCAAUCAGACCAUUGCAUAUUAAUCUAGUUCUAGAGAUUUCAGAUGUAAAAAGGUUAUUGGGAAAUGACCCUAUUGCACAGCCAGGAAAACAAAACUGCUCAGCUAAAUCUCCCUCACUGCCAUUCAGAGAUUCUGAUCAUUAGGAUUAAAAAUA